AUGGCGUCGAGGGUGCCGACGUGGAGGGAGCGGGAGAACAACCGGCGGCGCGAGCGGCGCCGGCGCGCGGUGGCCGCCAACAUCUUCCACGGGCUGCGCGCCCGCGGUGGCUACGCGCUCCCCAAGCACUGCGACAACAACGAGGUGCUCAAGGCGCUCUGCGACGAGGCCGGCUGGACCGUCGAGCCCGACGGCACCACCUACCGCAAGGGUUGCAUGCCUCCAGCAGCAGCAGAAGGUGCCAACCCGGUGGUCCGGUCGGGCUCCCGAAGCCCGUGCUCGUCGCACCAGGUGAGCCCGCGGGCCCCGUACAACCCGAGGGCAGGGCCGUCCACCUUCCCGACCUCCGGCACGUCCUCGCAUACCACGCUCGGCGGCGGCAGCAGCUACUAUGAGGGCAGCUCCUUCAUCCCUUGGCUCAAGAACCUCUCCUCCGGCUCCGGGUUCGCGUCCUCUUCCAAGUUCCCGCGAUACUCGCCCCACUCGUACGACUACUUCAGCGGUGGCUCCAUCAGCGCGCCGGUGACCCCGCCGUCUGGCUCGCCGCGGCGCAUGCCCCACCUCAACACGGGAUGGGGCGAGUAUCCGAGUGUCCAGGUCCAGCCGCCAUGGUUCAGCGCCGGCGGCAGCGCCUACGACGAUUACGCCUCUCUGCCCAACUCCACACCGUCGAGUCCCCGCGGCGGCCACGGGGUCGGUCCAGACCCGGCCUGGCUCUCCGGUUUCCAGAUAUCGUCAGCCGGCCCGUCGUCUCCGACCUACAGCCUCAUGGCUCCUUCGAACCCCUUCCGAGUCUCCGGGGAGAUGGCAGCGGCCACCGCGAGCUCUUCGAGGAUGCGCACCCCGUGUCAGAGCGGGACGUGCUCGCCGGUGGCGCUGGCGGCCCAUGGCGACGUCCAAAUGGAGCACCGUGAGGCGGAUGACUUCGCGUUCGGGAGCGGCGGGAGGCCGGUGCUGGUGAAUGCGUGGGAGGGGGAGCGCAUCCAUGAGGUGUGCGCCUCGGAUGAGCAUGAGCUGGACCUCACCCUCGGGCUCGGGAGCUCCAAGACCCGCGCAGGCGCAGUGAACUGA